GCGACUUGGCCAAGACCGAACAAAAGUUGGACCCAUCGAGGCCCGUGUCCCAAGCCUCCACAGCCCUGGACUCGCGGCCGCAAUCCGCAGCGAGGGCUAGCAGCGGUACCGACUCCCGGCCACAGUCAGCAAGGCCGAGACAUCUUCCAGUCUCGAGGCCCAGUAGCGCGGUGCCGGGGCAGCCGGGGCAGCCGGGGCAGCCGAGGUCCGUUCGGCCGCAAUCUGCCAGGCCCAGCAGUGCUGUGCUGCCCAGAACUACAGCGUCUAGGCCGCAGUCCUCUGGUGAGACUUUGGAGCAGUUCGGCGUCCGAAGUGUUCGGCCAUUGUCUGCCAGGCCGGCCUCUCAUGGAGGUGAUCCCCUGAGUGGAGGAGAUUUCAGGCUUCCUGAGCUGGAUGUGCUUCUGGACUUGGAGUUGGAGGUGGCUGAAAUCAAUGGUCAACCUUUGGAGGAUGAGCAACCCUUGGAAUCUACGGCCUCAGCUAGGAGGCUACAGCGCAGCAGCAAGGCCUCCGGCGACUCGGAGGCUUCGGAGUUCAUCUAUCAAGGUCAACCGUUGCUCCCCCUGCCAGACG